AUCUGGGGUGCCAAGGGGCCAUCCCUGUUUCUCUGUGAAGGAUCUCUUUAGGCAAGUCUGGUGUUGCCUUAGGAACAGAUGGUGGUUUCUAUUCAGAGAGCUGAACUAAGCUUUCUUCAUACUCGGUGGCCAUCCUUGGAAACGUAUUGCCCUUCUUUUGAGUGACGCAUGAUGGCUUGCCUGUUUGUCUUCAACUGAACAACUUUCUGGAUUUUUUUUUUUUUUUUUUGACAAGAGCCUUCUAGAUGUAUUUGUGAAGGAUAUCAUGAUAAAGUGCAGUUACACUUUAACGUUUAGAUUUGAAUGUCUUAGCUGUUCGUGCUGCAUUAACCAGCUCUCAGGCAUUGGCUUGCUCUGCUGUCUGAUCCUGCAGUGAUGCCAUAAUACUGAAUUUUGGACUGCCCUGUACAUUACCAUGGCAACAGACUGAUGUCACAGACUCAAGGACAUGACUUCAGUGUAUGAUCAUGCAGAGGCACGAUCACAUUUGUGAAGGAGAAAGCUGACUAAUGCACAUCUCAAAAGCAAACAAGGGGAAUGCAGGUUACAGCUGACCAAGCAAGGUGCUUCGGUAUGAAAAUUCCCCUCUUAGACAAAGGAGGGGCCGAUCAUGUCUUUAAGACAGGACCAGUCGUCGUGAUGAGCUUCUCUUUACUAUGGAUAAGCAGACAUCUUGCAGUUUUCAGGCUGUACCCAAUUCUGUGCAAAACUAACAAAUCAGCUGAAGCACCUACUGAUAAGGAUCAGCCUUGGUAAAGAAACACACUGUGGUAGUUAAAAGGCAUUCCUAGGUGGCAGAGACACGGUGAAGCUCUGUGUGGGGCAAGGAGAGCUGAUGGGGGAGCCCUGUGCGUAACCCAGGAUGGACUGGCUGUGACGGCGUGCCUUAGCUGGGGAGGUAGUUACGAUGAAGAGUUCCUGCAGAGCUGGCCUCCACAGGGAACCGCUGAAUUCCACAUCCUCCACCUUCCAUCAAGUCAAACGGGUUUCUGGUAUGCACUUAAAGCCAUAUCUCAAGUUACAGAAGAAAGAGCGAUCUCCAGAACUAAGUCAGGAUUCCCUGAGAGGCCCACCUAUGAGCCAUCAGAGAUCAGCACAGGAAGAAAAAUACACCAACAACUGCACCAAACUGAGCGUUUACCCAAAACCCUCCAUCGUGACUCCAUCUCAAAAGCUCCUGGGGAUUAUUUAUCCAAAUACUAUGUGCAAUAUGAAUGGGAAAGGUCCAGCGGACGGUCCGAGUGCAAGGGAAAAGAAGAACGCCCUGUCUGCAACGAUUCACCAGGGAGAAGAAGGGGAAGGGCCUCUGGAUGUCUGGGCUGUGGUGAAACCUGGCAAUACGAAGGAGAAGAUCGCGUUCUUCGCAGCCCAGCAGUGCAGCAGCAACAACCGGCUCGGCUCCAUGAAAAUCAAAAGCGCGUGGGAUAUCGACGGAAGAACAGUUAAACGCAGGAAAAAACCGGUAGACCUCAAAAAAGCCAGAAUUCAGCUGGAAAGAAUGAGGGAGGCGAAUGCCAGGUGCUCCCAGCCGGAGCCUUUCGCCUGCGGCAUCGAGCACUGCUCGGUGCAUUACGUGAACGACAGCGGUGAGGGCGUGUUCCCGGGCCGGUCCCUCUCGGUGAUCGAGAUGGUGGCUUUUCUGGAGCAACGAGCGAGUGCUUUACUGGUAGACUGUGCGAAAACCUGCGCGCCUGCUUCUGCGACGAGGCUGGGGGCUCAGCCUAAAGGCGGUGGUGUGCUCCCUGGCUCAGAGCCUUGCUCCCCCGCCGGGCCGGGCGAGGCGCCCGCCGAGAGGGGCCCUUGCGGCAGUAGCGAGCAGCAGGGCGAGCCUGUGCGGGUGCUGGACAUGGUGGCCAAGCUGGAGUCGGAGUGCCUGAGGCGCCAGAGCGAGCGGGAGGCCGGGAGCCUCUCGCGCAACAACAGCUUCCGUCGAAACGUGGGGAGGGUGCUCCUGGCCAGCGGCACCCAGCCCGAGGGGGAGGUGGGGAAGGGCCCCGCGGGGGUCUUGGCGCCGGGGGAUGGCUUGGAGGAGGCAGGGGUGGCAGAGGCUGGGUACGGAGGGCGUCGUGGUCCUCUGGGUGACGCCGAGUUGUGGGACGGCGCCGGCUCGGCUCGGCCGCCGUUCCCUUCUGGGCUGGAUCCUCGGAUGGGGAACGUGAAUUCGGGACCUGCUCACGCCGUGUUGGCAAUAACCGCCGGCAGGAGCGGUUCUGAAACGCGAACUGAGCCGCCCAGAGCUCUGCUGUCUGCUUGCCCAGCUGCUGCCAGGUUGCCGCAGGAUUCCUUGCAGAGCAAGAACGUGACUGUUGAUUGUGCGUUGAAAGAGCCGGUAAUUUUCCCAAAGCAGAGUCAGCACCCUGCGAGGAAGGAGCCCUUAUGCAUCAGUAUCUCGGUCACCAAGACUGAGAAAGGAUGCAGGAAAGAGAAGCUCUUUCACUCCAGUUCUAGUGAAGACCCGCUCCCAGGGAGGCUGUUUUUUCUGCCGGCUGACCAGCCUGCUGCUCACGAGCAACAGCCGCUACAGGAAAGUAGCCGAGAAAAGCCAGGAGAAGCAGCCCAAAAUGAGGACGAGGAUGCUUUGGCACCUGACAGACCAUGCGUCAGAAACGACGUCCCUGCAGAGCCAUCUGCCCUUUCUGUGCCUCCGACAGAAGGGACUUUGCAAGUACUUGAUGCUUCCUGCUUGAAAAGGCAGGUUUCGCAUGACUUUCUGGAGACCAGGUUUAAAAUUCAGCAGCUCUUGGAGCCUCAGCAGUAUAUGGCCUUCUUGCCUCACCACAUCAUCGUGAAGAUCUUCGGAUUGCUUCCUACUAGGAGUCUGGUUGCCCUAAAAUGCACUUGCUACUACUUCAAAUUCAUCAUCGAAUACUACAACAUCAGGCCAGCGGACUCCCGCUGGGUCCGCGAUCCCCGCUACAGAGAAGACCCUUGCAAGCAGUGCAAGAAGAAGUACGUGAAAGGCGACGUAUCACUGUGCCGGUGGCACCCCAAACCAUACUGUCAAGCUUUACCCUACGGGCCUGGGUACUGGAUGUGCUGCCACCGGUCUCAGAAGGGCAUCCCGGGCUGUAAGUUAGGUCUCCAUGACAAUCAUUGGGUUCCUGCCUGCCACAGCUUUAACCGUGCUAUUCAUAAGAAAAGCAGAGGAGGAGGAGCAGAAGUGGAAGAGGAAUACUAGUGCACAUACACUUUCCUGCGAGAUUGUCUGGGGGAGGAGGAGGAGAUAGAUUCUCAUGCCUUGUGCUGUUUACAGUGUAUAUAAUUGUCGUGGUUUUUUUUCACAGGGCUAUGAAACUGCACAUACUUAAACACAAGAGCCUUUACCUUUUAGAUUAAAGAUAGCUUUUAGUCCAUCGAUGUAAAUAACACUAUAAAAACUAAUUGUACAUACAGAGUCUACAGCUGGCUGAACAACGUAAUCACUACAAUGCAGCUAUGAUAGUGUUGCGGCUAUAGUUUUGUGUGUUUUUAAGUGUCUCGUUUCAAAAUCUGUAUAUCCUGUAUAAUAUAUGAAUGUUUCUGAGAAGAAACUCUAAAUAGGUAAAGGUCAACUUGUUUAAAGAAUCUUCAGACAACUUAACUGGACAACCUUAAAAUUAGACUAGGACAGAUCCAUUAUAGUAGUGUGGCAGUGGAUAAAAAGAGAAAUAUUAUUGUAUAGUCAGAAUAUAAAAAAAAUCUUGUCUACCUUACCCAUGUUGUCUUUUUUUUUUUUUUUUUUUUUUUUUACUUAAAUAAAAUGUGCAUUCUAGAUCUGCCUUACCCGACUUUCUCUUGUAAGACUUUUGCCCCAAAAUAAAAAUACUGUAAAACACGUGGCAGAAACUUGGUACUGUGAUGUAGUUGAGAUGUGCAGUGUGCUUCCUCUACAAACCUAAUUCUCCUACUAAAAAAAGAAACAAACAAAAAAAAACCCAACCCAGACCUCUAGUAUUUCACCAAUUCCAGGUUUUCCUCUCCCUCCACUCAGCUGUGUGUGCAGCCGAGGCUUGACAGGGAUUUUUGGUGUCUAGAAAGUCGGUGCUAGGUCUGUAAAACUUGCAAAAAAGGGGGACUUUCUGCUUCUGCGCUCUUGGCUCAGCGCCUCGCCUCUGCCUUGCGUGCUCAAGGAUGGAUUGCCUUGGCUCAGCCGUGUGCUGGAAGCUUUGCUGCCCGCUGCUUGGGGAAUUUUUCCCUUCUAAGAGGACUCCUUGCCCUGCUCCGCUCUGCUCCAGCCUGUGCCCUCUGGUUCCUGAGGUGCGGGUCGGGGCGUUCGGCUAAUUCCUCCAGCUCUUCCUGGGACCCAAGCGCGGCAUCUCCUCCAGGAUUUCCCCGAACGCAUUCCUCUCCUGCAGGGCUGGGGUCCUGCUCUCCUCACGCCCAGCUCCGCUGCCCGAGGGCGAUCAGCUGGGAAGUUUGGAAUUGUACCCUGGGUCCCCCCUGCCCCAGCAGCCGCGUUCGGGUCCUGGGAGCAGCACCCGCCAACCCUUGCGGGCUCUGGCCUUUCGUGCUGUUGCUCUUUCUCUGCCCCUUUUUCCAGGAUGAGGAUGGGCUCCUGGUGAUGGCUGCGGCUGGAGCGAACGGAACCUCUGGCCUGGUGCGAGAAGAGCUGGGGUCCCACCCCCGGGGGGGGGACACCUCCUCUGCCUCCCCCCGCCCCCCCAACCCCCAGGGGAGCGCCUGGGGCCGGACCGGGGCUCUCAGGGAGAGCAGAGGCUGACUGACCCAGCUCGUUCCGUUUGUGAGGAAAGCUGGUGGCUGGGGGGGGGGGGGCCAGGCUGAACCCCCCUCCCUCUGCUUUGCGUGCCUAGAACCGCGGCGGUGCUGCUCAGAGGGAGUUGGAGGACAGAGAAGGCUUGAAGGUGGACGCUUUUAUUCUCCCUGUUAGCAGCAAGAGAAAGAAAACAGCCCUUACGGCCUGAAAUGGGGGUUUGGUAAGCGCAGAUUGUUCACAGUAAAUUUAAAAGGGCUGUUUUGGUUUGCUUUGUUUUGUUUUUUUUCCCAGUCCCUGCUUUACCUGCUGCCUGCCACCCCAGGCGCCAGGCUCCCCUCCCUGCUGCUGCUCCGCCAUCUCUGCAGUGCAGCAGACAUUAUGACAACCAGGAGGAAUGAAAUUAGAAAUCUGAAAGGAGGGUGCGGCUGCCUUGUAAUCAGCUGUGAAGAGGGAGAGGGAAAGCAGGAUCCCUCAUUAAUUUGUGACUUCAUUCUGUAACGGGGCGCAGGCUUCACCCAAGCUUCGAUCUGCUCCGGCGGCUGCGCUGGGAUGAGCCGCAAAACAACUUUCUGGCAGGAGUGGUCUUGCCAAAGCCAUCGGCAUCAAAGGCCUCCAGUUCAAUUUCAAUUAAGGAAGAGGGGGAAGAAACUGCUUUCCUGCCCCCCACCCAAGGCUCUGGAAAACUUGAGAUAACUCGCACCAGGCUGACAGCGGCGAGGAAAGUCCCUGCAAGGCUGAAAUAGAAGCAGUGGAGGAAAAUAUUUUGUAACUAGAUAAGGGGCCAGUGAGGUAAUUAUUUUUGGAACAUGGUAUGAGAUUUUGGUCACCUUUAUUGAACGAGAGGAAAAAUUAGAAUAAAGUAAUAGCUUUGGGCUAUUCUGUUCCUUGGAGCAGUUAAAUAGGGAGGACAAGUUGCUCUUUACCCUAUCCCCGCCCUCCCCCCAGGCUGGCUGAGGAAGGAGGGCUGGUUUAUACAUCAUUUACAACAUUGUUUGCAGAAGCUAUCCCUGUCGCACAGCACUGCUGUUUGUUAGAAAUUGUUUUACAGAACAAACUUCUGUGCCCAGAAGCGGGUUGGUUUUGAAUGUUGCUAGGCUGAGCUGCCUGCAAGCUUUUUUUUCCCAUGAAGUAGUAAAGUGCAGAUUUCUGUUUCUUUAAGGGCCCGUUCAGGGAGAACCCAGGGUCUGAUGAACUUUCUUCUAAGAGGCAAUUAAAAAGCGGCCGGCGUGCGGAUUUACAAAAAUCAGUGUUCAGAAGAACCGAGGACCAAAGACCGUGCUGCGCACUCGACUUCCCUGCCUGGGAGCGGUUGGAGGGUCUGGACUGAAUUUCCAGAUACGCCUGUGAAGAAAGCGUAGUAACGUUUCCCUUGUUUGUAAGCUUCCAGUUUUCAUCGAGCUCUGGGGGCUCCUGGCACGGACGCCACUGAAAUAAAAGCAGCCCGGGGCUGAGGCUGGUGUCCGGGCUCUCGCUCCAUCCCGCCCGUUUCCGCAGCAGCCUCUCCUCUCCCCUCCGCUGCGGCUCUGCGAGGCUGGCGCAGAGCUCAGCGCCCCGGCCCCGCUUUCUGCAGCUCCUGCCCCUGGGACUGCCGUUUCACACCGAUGCACCCGGCUGCAGUCCUGCUUCUUCCAAGGUGGGGAUGGUGCUGGAGCUUCACUCGGGGCUCUUUCUCCUCCCCCGGGGCAGCCCUGGAGGGGGGGACAGGACUGGGGGGCACUACGGGGCCGCCCUCCUGCCACAAACCCACCUUGGCAGAGGAUGGAACCUCCUGCUGACAGCACUGCUUAAGCAGAAGUGACCCAAGCGCCGGCCUGAGCCUGAGCUGAGCUUGGAGCCAGGCUCGGCUUUGCGCACAGGCUGCUUUCCUGGGGGGCCCUGACCCAGGCAGCAAACUGCCCCCCACUCCGCGGGCAGCAGCCCCAGGCUCUUGGCAGUGCAGCAGGUAGAAGGCCCGGGGGGGCAUCAGUCCUCCCCCUCGGGUAGCUGCCACAAAAAAAAAAAAUUAAAAUUGGGAUGGGCUGUUUCUCCAGCAGUAGCCCAGGGCCUCCGAGGCUGCCGGCUCCCACGGGCAGAGCUUGCCUCUCGGUGACAAACACGGCCCCUUCCCACCCCUGUUGCUCACACAACGCUUCGCUUUGUUACCUCCUCCAAAAGACACACGCUCGUGUCCUCCUGAAAUGACCUUGGAAAGAGGAGCGUUGUCCCUUGCACGCAGAAGGAAUUCCGAGGCCCAGCAUCUGCAGACACAAACGUCACCCAGCAGAGGAGCAGUUCAAAGCCAGGCGUGCGCGAGAGAUUUAUCUGUUUACAUGUACAUACAGGGACACGUGUGUGUGUGUGUGUGUUCUGCAGGACCCCUGUGCCUGCUCCAAGGGAGAUGCAGUUAUUUUAUGUAAGAGUCUUUUUUUAGAAUGGGUAUUGCUUAUUUGACAACUGUACGAUUGCACUGUAACAGGUCUGGUCCCCGUGAUGCUUCAAAGGCUGGAAAUUCUUGUGUGCUGCCUCAGCAUGGUUAAAAACAAACCACACAGAAAUACCAAUUAUAAAUAUACAACUUUAAAAAAAAUUACUGUUAAAGAUUUAUUGCAAUAAUACAAUAAAAUUUAGAAAAAAAAAAAAAACAACGAAAAAACACAUUUGUGUUUAGUUACAUCUAGUUCGGAAGUUGCAGAGAGAGGCCCCGAGUUUUUGCAGGUGGCAAGCAACCCUUGGGUGUCCCCCCCCCCGGGACCCUCCAAAGGGACCCGAUUUUCAGCGGGGGGCUGGGCUCCGGCCGCCACCCCAGGUCACUGCUCACAAACAAAAGUCACGGCCUAAACUGAAAUUCCCACGUUCACGCUACGCAAAGUGUUCUGUAAACUCUCAGCCGGCUGUCUUCAAAUAUCUACAGUUACAGAUACUCCUGCCCUCCCUCCCCUGCCCCCAAAACAACCUGGAAAACUAAUCCUGGCAAUUGCACUCAAGGUUUGGACACACGCAAUUCUUCCUUAGCUACACCUGUGCAAAACACUUUAAAAAAUAAAAACAAAAUGUAUUCUGUUACAAACACAUUUUGUGAAAAGACCUAUCCCAGUGCAUUUUAACACCCUCGCAGUGCUCUUGUGCACUUUCAGAAUAUGACAUGGUUACAAAUAAAUUAUUUGGAAAACAUGAUGAAGUAUAUGGCUUAAAAAGGUUUUUUUUUGUGUUGUUUUUUCUUUCCCUAAGUAAGUAAAUGACGGCGUACGAAGCGGAAUCAUGGCCUGACCUUUAGGGGUUCAAAGUAGCACAAAGGCAGCAAUGAAAGAGUGACUGAAAUGCGUAUUUAAAAAAAAAAAAAAGGAAGAGAAGAUAUUUCUAUGGUGGGGUCCAGUGCAAAAUAAACGGGGGACCAGAAGGGGCCGCGCCACGCUAAGAGCCCAACAUACAGCCCCGGUAUGUGCUGGUCGCUCAGAAUCGCAAAGGAUCCGAGAGCUGCAGGUGAGUAAAGUGCCAUGAACUGAACAGUGACCAACCCCUCCCGGCCCCGGCCCCGGCCCCGCUCGCUGCUGGGGGCGCCGGGGGGCACCGGCCCCAUUCAGGCCGCAGUAGUCAAGGGGGUCUGGGCUGUUCUCUUCAACCCAACUAUGGGAUGUAGACCAAAAGAACGGCAGGAUUGAGGCGGGGGGGUCUUCAUCUAACAGUGUGUGUGCUGUUAGUGCGGAGUCAAGGGUCUUUGGUUUGGAAAAAAAAAAAAAAAAAAAAAAAAGAAAAGUUAAGAAA